UGGUAAAAUCAAGCGACUUAGCAGCAGAGACCCCAAAAACAAAGACAAGGUUGGUUGUUUUGUUUGUGUUGAAGAAUUUGACAGAGUGAGAAAUAUAGAAAUGGCGUCGUGGUGCGGUGCUCGGAGCUUCCAGAUUCCGGCGAUGGAAGACAGCGCACUGCGCAACCGUGCUUCAUUGGCCGCCGGAGUAGGGUGUUUGUCGGUGGCCGGCACCUCCUUCUGGCGCUCCUCUUCGUCACCGAAGCGCUCUUUGCCAUUCACAUGCUUGAGCAUUUCUUCCGAUACUCGUAUUAAGGAAAGUGUUCAAACUGAAGGUGCACCUGCGGCUUUGGGACCAUAUUCUCAAGCAAUCAAAUCCAACAACCUUAUUUUUGUGUCUGGUGUUCUUGGCCUUGUUCCCGAGACAGGGAAGUUCGUAUCUGAUGAUGUUGAAGACCAAACUGAACAGCUUCUUAAAAACAUGGGGGAAAUUCUUAAAGCCGGUGGUGCUAGCUACUCGUCCGUUGUUAAGACAACAAUUAUGUUGGCUGACUUGAAGGACUUUAAGAAGGUCAAUGAGAUCUAUGCUAAAUACUUCCCUUCACCUUUCCCUGCUCGUUCAACUUAUCAAGUAGCUGCAUUGCCAUUGGAUGCCAAGAUUGAAAUUGAGUGCAUAGCAACUAUAUAAGCACCAAGAGUAAUAGUAUAUCUGGCUCCUUCAGCAAACUUGGUUAAUAACACGGGAAGGGACAUAUCUUAGUAUUUUGGAGUUUUACUUUGUUUUGUUCUUUGGAUAAUGUUGCCCUUUUGAUUACAUUUACCAUCCUAGCGAGGUCUCUAAUCUUCGGAUUCUCUCUCUCAAAGAUUAAUGCGCCUAUUAAAAGUGAAAGCAACUUAGUCAUUGAAUGUUCUUGUUUGCAGCUUUUGUGACAGCGUAUCACAUAUGACAGACCAUGAAUUUAGUCAACUGUGCUUUUAUCGAAUAAGAUCAUUUUUAAUAAAUAUUUUUUACUCGAA